GGUCAGAACAAAGAUGGCGGCGGAAGGAAUUGUGAAAGAUGUUGGUGAGAUCCAUGCACGGCUCCUGGACCACAGACCCGUGGUGCAGGGUGAGAUCAAAUGCUUCGUCAGGGAAUUUGAGGGCAAGAGGAACCACCGUGAAGAGGAGAGACUGGAAUCUGUCCUGAACCACGCACAGCAGAUGGGACAUACUAUCCCAGCAUGCACCAGGCUCAUGGAGGACAACCUGGCACAGGUCACCGCCAACUUGCGAGUUGCCACAUCCAUGUGUGAGAAGAUCAGUGAAACAGAGGAGAAAAUGGCAAAGGCUGACCCCCUGAAGGAGAGAAGGGAAGAGCGGCAGAAGGGGUGGGACGCCUUCAUGUCCGACCAGUACGGUCUGAGCGCGGAGGUCGACCGCGAACACGAGAUCCUGUCCGACAAAAUCAGAGAGCAGCACAGACUGAAGGAAGAGCUACUGAAGGAGGGACAAGUGUCUAUGCCAUAACCAACUGUUAAUUAAUAAGUUAAGACUAGUAAUUGAUAGGUUAAUUUUUAGGUAUUGAUUACCUCAGUUAUUUAGCUGGUUCGCAAAUACUGGAAAAAAGACCAUGUAUUCAGAAAAUCUGUUGUACAAUUUAUUAUACUUCUAGAUCUAAAGAAACUAAAUGAAAAUCUGCGGUACAAUUUAUUAUACUUCUAAAGACACUAAAUGAAAAUGUAGCUUUUCAGAAGUAAAAUCGCUACCUGGACAUUCGGUGGUGAUUAAGAGUCUGACUCAUUCUGCAUUAUGUACAAGCAUAAUACAGUACAUAUAUGUAUUAUUGCGAGUAAAGGCAUGAAGUAAGUGCA